AUGUCAACGCCCACGAAUCCCCUCAGAGAUCGGAAUGCAUUUCCCAACCUCAUCGCCCUACACCACGUCCCGCAUUCCGAGCAAUCCGGUUCGUUCGUGAUUCAGGAGCGCCUCUAG